AUGGAAGUCACCAAGACUGCGACCUUCGGCCUUGCGCCCGUGGCCAUUGAACCGCUGGGGAGCUUCUACCUGGCCGCUCUCACCGAAAUCCAACAAACCUACAACCGAUUGCCUGCCAUUGCUGAGCUGGAUUUGAGAUUCACCCCUAUUUCCGGUCAAUCCGAGAUGACUGGUGAAUGUCUUGUCUUCCCAUUCUUACUGUCCGCGACCGAACGCACCACUCUCGACCAAAGGAAGUUAGGAUUUGCCAACGUGGUUCAUGCCUUGUCGACUCAGACUUUGUUUGUUGGAAUGAGCCUGGAAGUCAAGAUUGUUUUCAAGCUUUGA